AUGGACACCGAUGUUAUUAAACUAAUUGAAAGUAAACAUGAAGUUACAUUAAUGAGUGGUUUAAAUGAAUUUAUGGUGAAGUUUCCUGGACCGCGAGAAACACCAUAUGAAGGUGGAGUAUGGAAUAUUCGCGUUGAUUUACCAGAUAAAUAUCCAUUUAAAUCCCCAUCUAUUGGGUUUAUGAAUCGAAUAUAUCAUCCAAACAUUGAUGAAAUGUCUGGAACAGUAUGCCUUGACGUAAUCAAUCAAACCUGGACACCAAUGUAUGAUUUAGCAAAUAUAUUUGAAUCGUUUUUGCCACAAUUACUAGCUUAUCCAAAUCCAGUUGAUCCUCUUAAUGGAGAUGCUGCUGCACUUUAUUUACAUAAACCAGAUGAUUAUAAAAAGAAAGUAAAAGAAUACGUUCAAAGAUUUGCCUCAGCUGACGUUGUCGAUGGUUAUUCUAAAAAAGAAUCAAACUCAGAUUCAAAUGAUCCAAAUCAUGUUUCAGACGAAGAAAUACCAUUAUCCGAUUUCUCAGAAGAUGAAGCGGAUCAAAUGGAAAUAUCAUGA